UUUUGGGGUUGACCUGUGUUUGUGCCGAUGCAUCCGAUGACCUGAUGGCCAGCGUCUCAGUCGACUCCACCACCGCCCACCGCCAGAAGGUUGACGGGUCUCUCGGGGUCCUUUGGGAAAACAAGACACCUUCAAACCAGCGAUUGAGAUGGUUCGAUCUUCAAAACAUCCACAACAACAGUCCUAGACACCGGCGAAAAUAAACCCGCAAUAUGCCCUCAGCGUCGAGGCGAUCCUGGCGAUGGCUGCCCAGGCCCAAGUCCUUUCUCGGCUUCAUGUCGCUUCAAACUGGCACCGAGCUGAUCUCGAUCGCGCUCGUCUUUAAUAAGGCGACGGCCGUCUACGGCGUCCUCACGCUCUUCACGGGCUACUCGCUCUCGGCGCUGCAGGUAACGGCCUACCUGUGCUCGCUCUUCGUGCUCGCCACGCUGGCCGUCUGCGUCCCGCACAUCCGCACCCAGAGCCCCCUCCACAACCUCGCCCUCGCGUGGGUGUACGCCGUCGACUCGCUCGUCAGCGCCGCCUACACCGCCGCUUUCGCGACCAGCUGGUACUGCGCAGACAUCCACGACCCCAAGGGCCCCGCCGGCGCGGCUCCGGGAGAUGCGGCCGCGUCGCCGAGCAACGGGGAGGUGCAGCUGGAUGCCGGCCAGGCGGCCCAGGCCGAGGCCGGGACGGGAGCGCACGACACCGCGGCGAGCCUGGUCCUCGUGGUCGCCUUCACGCUCGUCCGGGUGUACUUCAGCCUGGUGAUCGCGGCAUACGCGCGGAUGGUGCUGCUGCGGUUCGUGGACGAGCACAUGGGCGAGUCGGAAGAGAUCGCGGACGUGUCGCCCGACCCCUUUGCCCUUGGAGCGCCCCUUGGCGAGGGAUGGAAGGGUAAGCUGGGACGAGCAAUGGUCUCCGUCGGCAGAGGGUAUUGGCUGGGUGGCAGGAAGGAGGAUGAAGAAUGGGCACGGCAAGUCAAUUCCAAAUUCAGGAGCACCAGGGAGUGAAAAAAAAAGAAAAAAAAAAAACAAUAUGCCGCAGUGGGGGGAUGGGUCGGUCGUACGUGUCUACUUCGGAUGGGGGUCAAUCACAAUGUCCAGCGGUUGGAAGGGGUUGCAUGAUAGGUGGCGUUCUUGGGAUCUUGGGAGGCAUCAGCAGCGUCAGCGAAGGGAUAGAGGGACAGCUCGUGAUUUGGGCUAUGAGCACAUUUGCAUCUGACGAUUUGCAAGCAAUGUAAUGUUUAUUAAUCGAGACAAACUACACAUAGCUGGAAUUGCCAGCACUUCCAACCUUGUUUGCUGAUUAUGUUUGCUGCUGGAAGCCUUGGAUGCUUGUGUUGACCACCAGUGCCGGCAUAC